AUGGAAUUGCCCGCGAAACGGCGGGCGGAGCGAAAGGAAAGCAAGAUCCAAAAUUCGAAGCUCAAGCAGUUCGGGGUGACCAGCAAAUCAUCUCAGAGGAUCUCACGAGCACCUCUAAUUGAUGAAUGGGCAGUCAAAGGCACCAAACCCAGCAACGGAGGCGUCUUCGGGGCGCAGCAGGACGGCACACCGGUCGGCACGCCCAACGGCAACUGUCGUUGCAGUGCAACUACUAACGCCCUCUCUUGCAAUCCGAGAGCCCUGAUUGGCGCCAUCUGCAUUGAUCCGAAAAAAACAUGCCAGACUCCCCAAUACGUAAAAGUCCUUCUUCUUAUCACUUGGAAAUAUCUAUUUUACGAGAAACAAUUGCUUAGUUAA